UUACUCCUUGACGUGUCCAUCGCGUCUUGUUAUUUGAGGUUAUAAACAAGAAAAUAUUUUUCGUUUCUUUACUGUGAAUAGUGUUCCCGUUUACAUGUUUUAGAAAUUUGACUUUCAUUUUACGUUUAUAUAAUCCGAUAAAAUGCCACCUAAAGGUGAUAAAAAAGCUAAACCUGCUGCUUCUAGCAGUGGUGGUGGGGAUAAAAAACCAUCCAGUAGUGAAAAAAAAGAAAAACCAACAGCUUCAACAUCAGCAAGUAAACCUGAAAAGAAACAGCCAGCACCUGCGCCUUUAUUAGAUGCAAAGAAGGCUGACAAAAAACCUGCAGCUGAUAAAAAACCAGCUCCAGAAAAAAAAACUGCUGCUGCUCCAGAAAAAAAAGCAGCACCUGCUGAUAAAAAAGUACCAACUGAUAAGAAACCUGCAGACAAGAAGAAGGAUGAACCUAAAGCUAAAAGUGAAACAUCUAAAAAGGGUGAACAAGCUAAAGGUGGUAAAGGUGCUGAUAAAGGUACUAAACGUCCAGCUAAUGAAAAUGCUGGACCAUCUGCCAAAAAAACAACUGCUCCUAAAGGAGAUAACAAGAAAAAAGAAGCUGAAAAACCUAAGAAAGAAACUGUCACGAAAAAAGAAACUGCUGCAAAAAAAGAAACUACUGUAAAAAAAGAAACUGCUGUUAAGAAGAAGAAUGCUGAUACCCCUAAGAAUGCUCCUCCUGCUAAGAAAGCAGCAUUAGAUCCAGCUGCACAAAAAGCCAAAAAAGCUGCUCCUAAGAAAGACAAAUCUAAAGCUGCUGCUAAACCUAAGACCACAGAUAAGAAAGAUCCAAAAGCUGCUGAUAAAACCAAGAAAGCUGCAAAAGGUAAAUCAACUGCUGCAAAAAAAUUAACAAAGGGGCCUGCUGCUGCUGCUGCAGCUAAACUCAAAAAAGAGAAGAAAGCUGAUGGUGCUAAAACUGAAAAGAAAGGUGUAAAGGGAUUGAAAGUUGGAUCUAAACGUGAUGCUGUGAAAAAAGCUCUGAAGUCUAAAAUCAAGACUUUGAAAGGACCUCAUGGAACUAGAAUACGUAAAAUCAGAUAUUCAGUACAUUUCCGUCGUCCUAAAACUUUCAAACCUCCAAGAAAUCCAAAAUACCCUAGGAAGUCUGUCCCAAAAAGAAACAGGAUGGAUGCCUUCAAUAUAAUUAAAUUCCCUUUGACUACUGAAUCUGCUAUGAAAAAAAUUGAAGAUAACAAUACCUUAGUUUUUAUUGUACACUUACGAGCAAACAAACAUCAUAUUAAAGCUGCCGUUAAAAAAAUGUAUGAUAUUAAUGUGGCUAAAGUCAACACCUUAAUCAGGCCGGAUGGUAAGAAGAAAGCAUAUGUAAGAUUAGCAAGAGAUUAUGAUGCUUUAGAUGUUGCAAACAAAAUUGGUAUCAUAUAAACGUCUAAAUGUUGUAUAUUUACUUUAUUUUAAUAAAAAACAAAAAUACAACAAAC